AUGGACGGCAAGUUCAUCGACGUAGAGGCGAAAAGCCUCUACAACGUCAUCGAGACGUUCGAAAGGAAGAUUAUAAAUUUGUCUUUCAUAAAUGAGGAGGUACACCUGGAUGAGUGGUGGCAAGCAGAUGUGGCCGCAUCAUGUUUGGCCAAAUGUUUUUAUUUGCCAAGGGUGGGUGAGUUAUAUAUCUAUUUAUGUACGUAUGGGUUAGCCAAACUUCUUCCCCCACUUGCCCUUUCGCAGGUGCUGGAAAAACUGAACGAGCAGGAGUUGUCCAGCCUACCCGAGGAAUUCUUCACCUACUUUAAGGACAUAAUAAAGCUGAAUAAAUUGUAUGAGCACACGGAGGUGAUAAAAUGUGAAGAGGGGAUGGAGGUGGAGGGUGGCAAACUAGAUGGCGAGGGAGAGGACGAGCUUGGCGUGCACAGGGAGCACCAAGAGUUGGCGGACAAAAUUAAAAAGUACUGUUUCAGCUUGUGCAAAAUUUUUAAGCAAAAUGAAAACUUGACGACCAUCCUUAAUUCGCUAAGUGAAAAAAAGAACCACGACUUUUUUAAGUUUUUGGGCAUCGUGAAGGAUUUGAAGGAGAUCUUCCUGGUGAAGUUCCAAACGACAGCCGAGGAGCACCGGAAGCGCAUCCAAAGCUUGGAAGAGCUAAAGGAGGAGGAACAAAACACACAAAACGAGGAGAAGCAACUAAAUGACGAGUUAGAACUGGUUAGGAAAAAAAGUCACGACGAACUGAAAGAUCUCCAACAGAUACUGAUCACCAAAAAGAAUGAGCUGAACAAUUUGAAGAAGUCCUCCGAGGAAAGCAUAAAGAAGCUGCUCGAUCAGAUGCCCGUAAAUAACCUCACAGAGGACUUGGAAAAUAUCAACGCCUUGCUCGAAAAGACGAAGAAUGUGUAUGAUGACCAGAUUAGGACAUACCAAGAUUUGGAGGUCAACUUGGUGAAAAAAAACGUGCUGAUAGAGCAAGACAUUCAGAAUUAUAUCAACUCGAUAGACGCGGAGAUUGACGAGAUGGAUCAGGAAAUCCAACUUUGGGAGAACAAACUGAGAGAGAACAAAAUUAUCGACAAAGACCUGGACGCCACGAUGCUGAAGAAGAAGGUGGAAGUGGAGGAGAAAAAAUUUUUGAAAGAACUGACAGACAAGAGACGCAACAUCAUUAUGAAGAGGGAAAAUGAAGACAACGAAGCGGCCACGAUUAUUCAGGCGUACAUCAGGGCGCCACCGGUCAGCCGCUCUGCCUGCAGUGAACCGCUUCCCCCCCAACCUGCCAAAAUGAACGACGUGGACAUAGAGGACUACCACAGCAACAUCCUCCAAGAGCUGAGCGCCGUGGAGGAGGAGGGGGAAAUAUCUUUGUGUAUAUUUCUGAACGAUUUAAUAGACAUAGACAUCGAAUCGAAUUUUCAGUUCAGCUACCAAGUAGUGAGUCGGGUGAUGCAAAUAUGUGUAAACUCUCUAAACAGCAAUUUGAUCACUUUGGCAGAUGCAUGCAUGCACUUUAUCCGCUACAGCAUCAGUAGGUGCCUAAAACUGGAGGAAGAAAUUGAUCGAUCCUUCUUCGACAGCAUCAACACGAUCGUAAAAAUAUGUCUUAACAGGAGGUACCUUUUGGAAAGCAGAGCUCUGUUGUUUCAAAGAGCCUUCCUUUCUCUCAUCAUCGAAUUGGAUAAUAGCUUGCCAAAUUUUAUGAUCCUAUGGAAAGGCUACAAAACGGAGAUGUGCACAUUCGUCACCUCCCUACUGCAUCUCAUUUCCUCCCAAUUGACUCUCCUAAAUGGUAUUUUAAAAGAAUUUAGGCAAGAUGAAAAAAUAACUUGUAGCAGGCACAUGCAGGUGGGGUGCUCCAGGAUCAAAGUCGUCGAAGUUGCCUUCAACUUGGUGUUAAAAAUGUUCAAAGAGUUUAGGCAGUUCGAGCAGUUCGAGCAGUUUAGAGAGCCCGAGCAGUUUAGAGAGCCCGAGCAGUUUAGAGAGCCCGAGCAGUUUAGAGAGUCCCAACAGUUUAGAGAGCCCCAACAGUUCGGAGAGAUCCCCUCCAGUUCCUCUCUCACCGAGUACGUCAACUUAAUUGUGGGCACUUACGAUCACAUCCCAGACGUGGAGAUUAAGAAGAAGAUUUUAUCCCUCUGUAGAUGUUUGCAUAGCAGCAGCUGCGAGGGGAGCGGCACCCACUUGGCGUCCCUCCCAGGAGUGACCAGCUUGCUAAACAGGAAGAGGAACAACUAUUUGGCGCUAACCAAGGAGAAGGACAUAAGCAUGAGUUACCUGCGCAGCUGCUCCUACAUCUACGUCUCCGAGAGUCACCUGUUCAUCAGCACGUUUGGUGCCACAGCGGGGGAGGGGCCAAGCGGGAUGAGCGGGAUGAGCGGGAUGAGCGGUACAAGCGGGAUAAGCGGGAUAAGCGGUACAAGUGGGAUAAGCAAACCGAUUACCCUCACCAACCAGGGGGACGCCCCCACCCAUCAGAGAGACGGCGCCUCCCCCACCAGCCCGAAGGACAAAGUCGUGUUGACUCCCAACGGGUUCAGGGGAUGUCUGCUGCUGAACCUUUUCUACGCCUACUUUUACAACACCCAAAAUAAGUUGCUCAUCGUUCUGUGCUACGACCAAGUGAGGGUGCGCAAGGACCCCCGGGGGAAGAUGCUCAUUUUUCGUUGCUCGCGGAUGGACGCGCUGGAGAUCUGCGUCAAGUUCCGUUCGGAGUCGAUUAAGAAUAAAAUGUUCGACGUGAUUGAGGAGGUCAUUUCGAUUGAUAGUAACGAAUGUGACAGCGGUGAGGAGGUGAAGGAUAAGACGGAGGGGGUGAAGGACCAGUCGAAGGAGGCGAAGAACCCGCUGGAGGAGACCUCCCUUCGGGAAGGGGCUCCGCACGAGACAAAGCUGAAAGGUGAAAGCAACGGUGCGAGUAGCUCCUCCUCCGAAGACUCAGACAGUCGCACCAUCUGUGUCAAUGGGGAAGAAAUAAUUGAAGAAGAAAAAUUGGAAAGGAGGAAGGUGAGCUUUGCCUCGAUGAAGGAGAUAUGCCUAAUGGAUUAUCGCACGUCCAUGGGAACGAAAACGUUACUUUUGGAUGAGUCUAUAAAUGAGAUGGACACACAUGACGACGAGGGGGUCUCCAGUUUGACGGAUGAAGAGGGAAAGGAGGUUCCGACUGCUCCGGGGGAAGCGACUAGUUGUGCAAGCGUCGGUAAGGCCAGCGCAUUAGGAGGGUUGCACGGCGAGGAGAUGAGCACGAGCCACGCAGAUGGGGUGGGCGAAGCAGAUACGGUAUGCGAAGCAUGCGGGGUGAUCGAAUCAUUUGGGGUGAUCGAGGCAGGUGACGCUCUUGACCCCGAGGGGGGAGACAGCGGCGAGUCGCACGGAGGAAUGCCCACAAAGGUGAGCUACGCAACGACGAAGGAUUUGGAGCACGAGGAGAGUGUAGGAGGGGAGGCGGCUAUUCUUCAAGAUGACGAAUUGUUUGGGGAGAACCCACUCCUCAGUGUACUCUCACAGAGCAGGGGAAACCUCGGCGAACGGGGCGAACUUCCAAAUGGCCAACAGAUACACCAAAUGAAACACACCAGAAGGGUAAAAGAAGCAGGGGGAUGUGAGGACCCUCUGAACGAGCUCCUCACUCUGUCGGGUAAGAACAAUCUGUGUGAGCAAGUAUGCAUGGGGGAAAGAAGCCAAGGAGGGGAGGAUGGUGAUGUUGGCGAGGUAGAUGUGGGGAGCCACCCAGGAAAUGCAAAUGAGCAAACUUGUAGAAGUGUACACCCCAUUUAUUUCGCAGAUGAUGGGACGAAGCUGCUACUCAGUGAGCCUGCCACCAGAUUGGAAGAAGGGAAGGAAGAUUCAAGAGGGAAAAACAGAUCGGGUGGUAGAUACUUCCCGCAGAGGAGCUACAGCCAAGGUGACAUCCCCAAGGGGAAGCAAAAACAAAGGGGAGAAAAUUGCCCUCCUUACGGUAUAAAAGAGUUUAAGAUUAAAAAUGGUAUUGAGGAAGAUGUGGGAGAGAAAAGAGAUCGUGGGUGUGAUGCUUUAGAAGGUUUGCUGACGGCUGAUCAGUGGAGAGGAACCAGCAAUAGGAGUGGCCACAGCAUCCUCAAGUCGCCCCCGAAAAGUGUUAAAGAGCUACUAAACCAUGACGCGAAAGAGAAGCACACUGAUGAGCAGAUAGGAAGCUCGACAAAGCCACAGGUGAACGGCACAGCUGGGGGGAGGCAGCGGGGCGACCUGCAAAGGCAAAGGCACUUGCGCCGCGUUGAUCACAGAGAGGUGCGCAGUCAGGAAGAGGGGGACAGGGCCAGACAAAGGGGGGAGGAAGAAGGGACUCAGAAUGGAAGCGGUCUCAAUAGAGGGGAAGGACGAAACUAUCGAGCGGACGACCCCGUAAUUUUGGACGAAAGGGACACCCCGGUGGCAGCCUGCCGAAGGAGAAGAAACCACGACGAGGGCGAGACGGGGGAAUACUCCGAAGUGGUGAACAUCGAGGGGGAGGACGAAGCGAGCAACGAAAUGAUCUCAAGUGACUACCUGGCGGAGGGGGAGAUGGGCGGUAGUUACAGGGGCGGCAGUUGUGGAGAGGCCAUUUACAGAAGCGGCAGUUGUAGGGAGGCCGGGGAGAGGAGUUCCCCCGCCGUGAAAGGAACACAACACAUAGACAAACCCAGCUCAAGCUGCAAAAGUAAAAAAAGAAUCGCAACGAAUGAAGCCAACCCAGCGAACGAAACAGUCCGCAGCAUGAACGAUUACGCAGCAAAAAGUAGCCACCCCGAUUCGCCUUACCCUGUGAAGAAAACGAAAUAUAAUUACCAUGACCCAAAACUUUUAAAUUUGCUAAAAAGUGAAGAAAAUUUGGACAAAUUAAGUGCUAAAUAUUUGAUUAAGGCUUAUACAAUAAUUCAGUACAACCGCAGGAACACACACAUACAAAUAGCUGAGUGUUUCCGGAGCGUGCGGAAGGAAAUUACAAUCUCGUUUGAGCGCAUUAACAGCAAGUACAGGGCUUGGUUGAAAGAACUGCAACUGAAGUUUGAUGGGAGACUUGAGCGGAUUGUUUCGAGGCACUCCUACAUGCUCCUACUUAAUAAGAGGAGGACUCGACAAAUUAAUAUGGACGCACUGCCCACGCCCAUAGAUCUCCAAACCAUUUCCACCAAAAUGAACACCCUGCAGGAUACGCUCAACAUAGUGCAAAGAGCUAUGGCGGAUAAGAUGAAAAAUCUGCAAAUUUUGAUGGCCUACAAGGAGAGCGACGUCUACACCUCGUCCCUUUCGUUGAACACCCUCCUGUCCCGCGGCUCCACGCAGCGCCCGCGGGAGUGA